AUGUCAACUGGAGAUGGUCGACAGUCACGGGCUUUUACCAAACCCACUUUUACUGAGGUACAAGCCUCUGCACUGGUAGAAUCAGUAUUUGGGUUCAAAGUCUCUAAGAUCCAGUCACUUCCUAGCUAUGAUGACCAAAACUUUCAUGUUCGCAUUUCAAGAACCAAAGACACUACAGAUGACCCCGUUGAAUAUGUCCUCAAAAUAAGCAACACGGAGUCUAGUCAGACUCCAGACCUGAUUGAGAUGCAGAACCAUAUCAUCAUGUUUCUGAAAGAAGCUGGAUUUCCAACAGCAUCUGUGUGCCGAACUAAAGGGGACAACACCAUCUCACUCGUGUCCAUUGAUAGUGGAUCUGAAACCAAAAGCUACUUGGUGAGAAUGCUCACCUACCUCCCAGGAAGACCCAUAGCUGAGGUUGCCAUCAGCCACCAGCAGCUAUAUGAAAUAGGAAGGCUAGCUGCCCAGCUGGAUAAAACAUUGGAGGAAUUUCAUCAUCCAAAGUUAAAUCUUCUCCAUCGAGAGAACUUCAUCUGGAAUCUGAAAAACGUUCCACUUCUAGAGAAAUACAUGGGUGCCCUGAGCCAGAAUCGAAACCGGGAGAUUGUUGAACAGGUCAUUCAGCUGUUCAAAGAAGAAGUAAUGACCAAAUUAAGUCAUUUUCGAGAAUGUAUCAAUCACGGUGAUCUUAACGACCAUAACAUCUUAGUAGACUCCAGCAAGUCAGCCUCUGGAGACGCUGUGUAUCAAGUCUCCGGGAUUUUAGAUUUUGGUGACAUGAGCUAUGGCUACUAUGUAUUUGAAGUGGCCAUCACCAUCAUGUACAUGAUGAUUGAAAGCUCGAAUCCUAUACAGGUCGGAGGUCACGUCCUUGCAGGGUUUGAAAGUGUGAUCCCUCUGACCGCUGUAGAGAGGAGUGCUCUGUUUUUACUUGUGUGUAGUCGGUUUACUCAGUCCCUUGUCAUGGCCGCGCACUCCUGCCAGCUGUACCCAGAGAACAAAGACUACCUCAUGAUUACAGCGAAAACUGGAUGGAAGCAUUUACAGCAGAUGUUCGACAUGGGCCAGAAGGCCGUAGAACAAAUCUGGUUUGAAACUGCCAAGUCUUAUGAAUCUGGGAUCUCCAUGUGACCAGAGAAAAGUUUGUAUUUCCUUGGCAAUCAAAACUCAGUUAGGCCCAGAUCAAAUUCAUGAAGGAUUUUCCUGCAGAAUUAAAAAUGAAAUGGUAAAACAGAUCCAUUCUAAAUAUGAAGAGGCAAAGAAAGGUCUAGUUUUCACAGCAAUCUUAGGGCCGCCUUUUACACUUAAGAAAGUACUACAUUAGAAACACUUUCCUAGUGUGCCAGACCCUGGGCUCAACCUCAGCACUACAGAAAAGAAAAACACAUGCACAACUAAGCA